ACGCGCUUCCCCGAACCGAACCGCGCCAAGUAAAGAUUACGCGCGAAAAUGAAAUCGGGUUUCUAAAUUUAAAAACAUAAGUAAUUUAUUUUUUAAUUUAGGUGCUCAAAUCAAAUCAAAGGAGUAUUGAAAUUUUGGAAUAACUUUUUUUUAUAGUGUUUAAAAAUGAAGUUUAUUUUCGCUAACAAUGCUGCCGGUUUGCUGUUGGUGUCACUAGUAUUGAUGGCCAGUGCUCAAAGAACAUCAAACAAUAAUUUCAGAGAUACUGAUCUGCACGAGUUGGCGCGCCAGAACAAGAUCACCAAGCAGAUAUUAGAAGCGUUUAUACAGAAGAAGCUAGGGCUUUCAAAGGGAUACGUGAGACCUCCUUCGGUGCACGAAAUCCUGCCUGUGAAGAUACCCGAUGAGCGGAACGUGAGACAGCUGAACCAGUCGGACCAACUCCAAGAGAGCCAGGAGUAUGAGGACGACAGCUUGCAAAGUGUGGAAAGCGAACAAAUUGAUUCUAUUUACGCUGAAGGUAGAAAAAAGUAUCCAGGCUAUGACAACGAAGUGGAUGCCAAUAUUGAUCAAUGCUCGAGCUGCAACGAUGAUGAGCUGGGCGUGACGCGGUGGACCAUGCCGCUGCUGAAGACAGGGGAGAAGCGGUACUAUUUAGGAAUAUUCUUUAAGGCAAACUGGUUCAAAGCGCAGCAGUACUGCCGGUUCCACGGGAUGCACCUGGCGUCUAUCUCUUCGCAGCAGGAGAAUGAUAAGCUGGAACAAUAUGUCAAAGAUUCUGGCUACGGACGCGAGCAUUUCUGGACAUCGGGCACAGAUUUGGCCGAAGAGGGCAACUUCUUCUGGAUGGCCAAUGGCAGGCCUCUCACCUUCGUCAACUGGAAUGCUGGCGAGCCCAACAACUUCAGAUAUGAAAACGGAGAAGAAGAAAACUGUCUAGAACUAUGGAAUAGAGACGACAAGGGGUUAAAAUGGAACGAUUCGCCGUGCUCGUUCGAAACCUACUUUAUAUGUGAAGUGAGGUCUGAUUGAUGAGUGAGAUAGUAAGCUAGUGAUGCCAUUUUGAGUGUUAGUUGGGUGAAUUUAAAGGCCUGUUUAGAUGAUAGACUAUAGCAAUCGUAAGAUUUGCAAAAUUUGUUUUAUUUUUCAUUUAAUUGAUUUAAAUGAAUACAUACAAUAAAAACAUAUACAUAAUAUUGCGUCUAUUUCCCUUGAGGAAUAUAAAUUUUAUUGUGUGAAAUAUACAAUAAUAAAAUCGCACUUUAGGGGAACCCUGAAAAUAAAUUACAUAAUUGAUACAUUAUAGUUUACCUAACUUUUUUAUCAUUUGCGUUCUUAAUAAAAUAAACUGUCCCUCGUCUACUAAGGUCUUUAAAUAUCCUUUAAAAACGAUAUUAUUUAAUAAUAUGAAAAAAAAACAGUGAACUACAAAAUGUUAUGUAUGCUGUAAUUUGGAUCUCUGAGUUACCAUGUAAUUAGCCCAUGUUUCAGACCCAAAAGUUACCAUUAUUAACUACAUAAUAAAAGUUGUGUUUUUACUUAAUUAUAAGUAAGUUCGCGCAAAAAAAAACGUACUUUAGUAUUUUUUGAAAGAAACCAACUAAUGAUAGUUGCAUGAGUGUUGUGAAUGAUUUCAUGAAAAAAGUAUGGGAGUAACAAUAAUGUGACAGAGCCAUGAUAGAAGGCUUUUUGUAAUAAAUAACAAAAGGACUGGAUGGAUUUUAUGCGAUUUUCAUAAUGAUGGUUUGAAUUUAUACGAGUAGGUAAUUGAUAAUGCUCUUCUACCCAAGGAGUUCUGAGGUAGACGGCUAGUGUAAGGAUAAAGUGGUCAGUAUGUUCUGAAGUACUUAGGAUUAUUUAGAACAGUUAUUUAUUUUUACUUCAGUGAUUAGGAUUUUGCUAGCUUAAAUUCUAUUUUGACUGAAAUGGAGUGUCAAUAGUAUGACUUGGAGAACAAAGUAAUUAAGGAAAUAUUCUUCAAUUUAUGUUGGGCACCCAUCUAACUGGCACUUUAUAUAUAUAUGAACUGGUAUUUGUAGAUUAAGCAGCCUUAAAAUUUUUAUUUAAGGGAGCGAAACCCCGAAAAACUCCUAGUAUGUAUGUGUACUUUAUUCAUGUAAUUCUUAUGGUGGUCACAUCAUGCUCACGAGAUGUAUGUAGUCGCCUUCAGAGAAAUAUACAAUACCAACGGGUGGCCACCUUUUACUGCACACAGCUGUAUUUGUAAACUUAAUAAUACGAAAGCGAAACGCAAUCAGUACAGUGGAGUGAACACGAUCACAUACGAGGAGCCUCCGAGAGUGCUCCGAAAUAAUCGCUCCAGGACGAUGUUCAUAGUCAAACUUAGGUAAACUGCAGUUACCUUAAGCAUAAUGUGUAAAUAGUUUUAAGU